AGCGCGCUGAGAGCCACGCGGCGCGCGGGGAGAGCUGCCGUGGGCUGGCAGCGGUUGUCUUCAGGGGUCCCGGGCCGCCGCCUUCCGCGCCCAGCGGCCUGGACCGCCCCCUCCCGGAUCCAAGAACCGGAGCUCCGUUUACCGCCCCCCGUCCCCGCCAGACCCAGGCGCCCGAGUCCUCCUCUUCCAGGACCAGGUACUCCAGGUCCCCGCCUCCCGGAUCCAGGCGUCCGGUACCUGCGCCACCAGGACCUCGGCCGCGUCAUCCCUCCCGAGCCAAGGACCCCAGUCCUGGAGAAACUCCUGGAUCCCCACUCCCGCGGACACAACCUCCGAGCAGCGAAGCCCCCGCGCCAGCCUCGGGACCUCAGACACUCCAUCUGCCAAGAACCUGGAACUUCGGCGCCGUGAACACACGCCGGGGACCCUGCACUCCGGCCCCCAGCUGCUACCCAGCUCAGUUCGAAGGACCGUGGGUGUCCUAGGCGGGAGCCCCAAGCCCUCGCAGUUUCCAGGCUCUUAAGAAACCCCGGGGUGUCCAUUAUGGUGGCCGAUCCGCCUAAGGGAGACCCCGCCUGGCCGGCCGCGAAGCCCCCCGCGAACGGUGCCCCAGCGCUGGUGCCCAAAGGGGACCCCGGCGCGGCAGGAGGCGGCCGCUGUUCCCGGGGCCGGGCGCGCCGCUGCCUUCGCGCCAACCUGCUGGUGCUGCUGACCGUGGCGUCCGUGGUGGCGGGCGUGGCGCUGGGGCUGGGGGUGUCCUCGGCCGGCGGCUCGGCGGCGCUGGGCCCCGCGCAUCAGGCGGCCUUCGCCUUCCCGGGUGAGCUGCUGCUUCGCCUGCUGCGGAUGAUCAUCUUGCCGCUGGUGGUGUGCAGCCUGAUCGGCGGCGCCGCCAGCCUGGACCCGAGCGCGCUGGGGCGCCUGGGCGCCUGGGCGCUGCUCUUUUUCCUGGUCACCACGCUCAUAGCGUCCGCUCUCGGCGUGGGCAUCGCGCUGGCUCUGCAGCCCGGCGUCUCCGACAGCGCCUACACCGCCGCCGGCAACGCCUCGCUCCCGGGCACCGUCUCCAAGGACGCGGCCCCCAGCAAGGAGGUGCUGGAUUCCUUCUUGGAUCUUGUGAGAAAUCUCUUUCCUUCUAACCUGGUGUCCGCAACCUUCCGCUCAUACUCUACCUACUAUAAAAUGGAAAAUGGAACCUAUGUGAAGGCGGAGGGUGAGGUGGAGGGUAUGAACAUCCUGGGCCUGGUGGUGUUUGCCAUCGCCUUUGGCGUGUGCCUGCGGAAGCUGGGGCCUGAGGGGGAGCUGCUCAUCCGCUUCUUCAACUCCUUCAACGAUGCCACCAUGGUGCUGGUCUCCUGGAUCAUGUGGUACGCCCCCGUGGGCAUCUUGUUCCUGGUGGCCAGCAAGAUCGCCGAGAGGGAGGACGUGGGGGAGCUCUUCACCAGCGUGGGCAAAUACAUCCUGUGCUGCCUGCUGGGCCACGCCAUCCACGGGCUGCUGGUGCUGCCCCUCAUCUACUUCCUCUUCACCCGGAAGAACCCCUACCGCUUCCUGUGGGGCAUCACCGCGCCGCUGGUCACCGCCUUCGGGACCGCCUCCAGCUCCGCCACGUUACCGCUGAUGAUGAAGUGCGUGGAGGAGAAGAAUGGCGUCUCCAAGCAUAUCUGCCGCUUCAUCCUGCCCAUCGGCGCCACGGUCAACAUGGACGGAGCCGCGCUCUUCCAGUGCGUGGCCGCGGUGUACAUUGCCCAGUUCAACCAGCAGCCCCUGGACUUCGUGAAGAUCAUCACCAUCUUGGUCACCGCCACAGCAUCCAGCGUGGGCGCCGCGGGCAUCCCUGCUGGAGGUGUCCUCACCCUGGCCAUCAUCCUGGAGGCAAUCAAUCUGCCGGUUGACAUCUCCUUGAUCCUGGCUGUGGACUGGCUAGUGGACCGGUCCUGUACCGUCCUCAACGUGGAAGGUGAUGCCUUUGGGGCGGGACUCCUCCAACAUUACGUGGACCGGACAAAGUCUGCGAGCUCAGAGCCCCAGUUGGUCGAGGUGAAGACUUGUGUGGCUCCGACGCCCGUCCCCAUUGAGGAGGGGAACCCCCUCCUCAAAAGCUACCCAAGACCUGCUGCGGAUGCUGACAACUUGGAGAAGGAGUCGGUCAUUUGCUAAAUAUUUUGAACAUCACCUGCACUUCAUGAAUGUCCAAGGAGACAUUUGAGGACAGUAUGUGAGCUCUGGCCGGGCAGCUCAGCUGGUUAAAGUGACAUCCCAAUACACCAAGGUUUCCGGUUUGAUACCCGGUCAGGGCACGUACAAGAAUCAACCAGUGAAUGCAUAAAUAAAUGGAACAACAAAUUGAUAUUUCUUUCUCUCUCCCUUCUUCGCUCUAAAAUCAAUAAACACACAUUUGAAAACGG